ACCAAGGGAACCCAAUUACCAAAGAAGAAAGACAGAUUAAACAAUGGGCGGACCACUUCAAAGGACUCUUGAACCGACCACCACCUACAACCCGUCCAGUAAUACCAACAACAGCACGUACACAACUGCAAGUUGACACCAAUCCUCCAACGAAAACUGAAGUCAUGAAUGCAAUCAAGCUUCUGAAAGCUGGAAAAGCAGCUGGACCAGAUGGAAUACCCCCGGAAGCACUGAAAGCGGACCCAGAGACGACAGCAGAUAUGCUGACCCCAUUAUUGCAAAAGAUCUGGAAAGAGGGAAAGGUGCCUACUGACUGGAGGAAAGGUUACCUGGUGAAACUACCAAAGAAGGGCGACCUGGGACUCUGCAAGAACUGGCGAGGAAUCAUGCUCCUGUCGACGCCAAGUAAAAUCCUGAGUCGCAUCAUCCUGGAGAGAAUCAAGGACGCGCUGGAUACAGAACUCCGACCAGAACAAGCUGGAUUCAGGAAAGGCAAAUCAUGUUCUGACCAAAUUGCAACUCUACGCAUUAUCAUCGAACAAAGCAUGGAAUGGCAAUCAAAUCUCUACCUCAACUUCAUAGACUUUGAGAAGGCCUUCGACAGCGUUGACCGCGAAGUAAUUUGGAAACUACUCGAGUACUACGGCGUACCGCAAAUAUUCAUCAACCUUAUUCAACAACUGUACGACAACGGCACAUGUCAAGUGAUCCACAACGGAAAACUCAGCGAAGCGUUUGGAGUAAACACAGGAGUCAGACAAGGGUGCUUAUUAUCACCAAUGAUAUUCCUAAUUGUGGUGGACUGGAUUAUGCGUCAGACAGUGGGAAACGAGAAGACAGGGAUAUCCUGGACCGACGUGAAGAACCUAGAAGACCUGGAUUUCGCGCGUGGAUGAUUUCUGUUUGAUGUC